CAGCUCGCGGCCGCCGGGCAGGAACUCCGAGGCUGGGCGGCUCCGCUCCGCCGCCACCGCCGCCGUCGCCAGCGCGCCGCACCAACCCCGACAGGCCGGCCCGAGCUGAACAGCCGGACGCGGGCAGCCAUGGCCGAGGCGGCGCCAGCCCGGGCUUCAGACAGGGACAAGCAAACAGGGGACAAAAAGCCUUCAACACCUCCAUCGCCCCAGCCGGCUGCUGAGAACUCAUACCUCUACUCCACGGAGAUCACACUGUGGACCGUGGUGGCCGCCAUCCAGGCCUUGGAGAAGAAGGUGGAUUCCUGUCUGACCCGCUUGCUGACUCUGGAGGGGCGGACGGGGACAGCCGAGAAGAAGCUGGCCGACUGUGAGAAGACAGCCGUGGAGUUCGGGAACCAGCUGGAGGGCAAGUGGGCCGUGCUGGGGACCCUGCUGCAGGAGUACGGGCUGCUGCAGAGGCGGCUGGAGAACAUGGAGAACCUGCUGAGGAACAGGAACUUCUGGGUCCUGCGGCUGCCCCCGGGCAGCAAGGGGGAGGUCCCCAAGGUGCCCGUGACCUUUGAUGACGUGGCCGUGUAUUUUUCCGAGCUGGAGUGGGGCAAGCUGGACGAGUGGCAGAAGGAGCUCUAUAAGCACGUGAUGAGGGGCAACUACGAGACGCUGGUCUCCCUGGAUUAUGCCAUCUCCAAACCAGACAUCCUCACCCGCUUGGAGAGGGGAGAGGAGCCUUGUCCUGAAGGUCUGUGGGGCCAGGAGGAGGAAAAAGAGAGGGAGGCAGCGUGUCCAAGGAGUCUGGGCGCUGAGCACAUUGUCAGACCAGUGAGCCCUGCCCAGAAGGAGCCAAAAGAAAAGGAAGCCCCUGAGCACCAGCAAGACUCAGGAGAAAGAGUACCUGCACCUGGAACUAGCGCAGGGCCCCCAGCCAGCACCAGCGUUUUGUCCUCGGUUAAACAGGAGGAAGAAUCUUCAGAUGAGGAGUCACCAACCUCCCCUCCCAGGGACGUCCAGCCCAGCAUGGGGCCAGGUGGUGGGGGCGGCAGCGUGGUCAUCAAGACAGAAGCACAGUCUGAGGACGAGGCGAUGCCGGAGCAGCUUCUCCUGGGGCAGCCCCCCAGCCAGGCGGAGAGGAGACUCCCCAAGGGGCCCAAGAGCAGGCCUGGGGGUCCCCGCCGACUUCAUGCCCAGGGAGUGCCAAGGGCGAGGACAGGGGACCCUCGGCCGGCUGGAACCGCGGGGGAGCCGCCCCGCGUCCUCCCUCGCCGGAAGGAGCGGGCUUUCCCCUGCCCCGACUGCGGGCAGAGCUUCCGCUUGAAGAUUAACCUGACCAUUCACCAGCGCACCCACGUGGAGGACGAGCCCCGGGAGGGCCGGAGCAGCUCGCCCCCCGCGUGGGGGGAGGCGCACUCCACGCUGGAGCCCGGGGAGGUGGUGGUGCCCGGCCCUGUCAUCCGCUGGCUCCCCGAGGAGCCCGAGGGCCGCCGCUCCCUGGCGGGCCGCCCCUUCGUGGGGCGGAGGCCCGUGGCCACCAAGGUGUACCACUGCAGCGAGUGCCUGCGCUUCUUCCCGCAGCGGAAGAGCCUGCUGCUGCACCAGCGCCUGCACACGGGCAACAGCCAGGGCUGGCCCGCCUGUCCCUACUGCGGCAAGGCCUUCCGCCGGCCCUCCGACCUCUUCCGGCACCAGCGCAUCCACACGGGCGAGCGGCCCUACCAGUGCGCGCAGUGCGGCCGGGCCUUCAACCGGAACCAUCACCUGGCCAUCCACAUGCAGACCCACACCCGAGGCCAGGCCGCCUCCGCCUGCCCGGGCAGCCCGUCCAGACCCCGGCCCAGGCGCACCGAGGAGGGCUGAGCAGGCAGGGGCCGCAGGGGCCCCAGCAGGACCUUCUCCGCCUGUGGCCUUUCUCCUUGUGCCUGACGCUGGCUCCUCGCUCUGGGAUGGCUUUGGAAAGAUGUGUGAGGGAUUUUUGUUUGUUUGUUUUUCAUUCACAUGGGAAGCAGCGGCCUUUUUGAUGUCAGUGGACGAUGAGGGUGACAGAUGCCUCAAUUUCUUUUCCUAAGUUUGUGCCUCUUUGCUGCCUUGUAUACAUUCCUGACUUAUAAAGGACCCCUUAAGGAUUAGGGGAUGCCAAGCUUUUGGUGGGGGACUCAGGCGGGUACCAUGGACUGGCAAGCCGACCAGAGACUGUGGGUCCUCCAGUAGGGGCCACGGAAAUAUUGGGAUCCUGGGGUUUUUAUUUUGUAUACAGAGGCCUGGUGCCUGCUGCAACACGAGAAGCAGUGAGUGGACAGAGCGCCUGAAGGACAGGCACUGGAAAUUUGAGUUUUCUACUUUGUUAUUUUAAAGCUUUAAUUUUUUUCUCCUUA